AGUUUCCCACACCAGGACGAAAACACCUGCUGAAAUCUCGUCUCCAACGUUGUGAAAGGAUUGCUUUUGCUGGCACUCCCAACCUAAGCUUUCCGAGUAACCACAUUGGACAAGUAGACUCGAGAGUACGCAGCGACAGCGUCCACAUUUUUGGUGUUUUUACCACUACACUCCGAUACUCUACUUCACACGACGAUCGUGUACACUUGCAACAAAGGUUCCCCCAAAAUGCGUUCCAGCCUCUCUCUCGUCGCCAAAACAGGCGUGCUGCUUGCAACAGGUUCUCUUGCAAUCCAGACCAAGGCACCUGGAGGUGGUGCCAACACCCGCGUCCGCACCCAGUCGAAGUCCUGGAUGCAGAAAUGGAGUUCCAGCCCGGCAACGAAGUUAGCGAUUGGUGCUGCCGCGUCUCUGGGUAUGUUGUCGAACGCCGCGGCGGUUUCCGCGAACAGUCAGGGAGCAAGGGUGACCCCGGAAGAGAACCAGAAUGCGUUGAUGAACAUCGCUGGGUCGGAAACUGCUAUGGCCGACGCCUUUCACACCUUCGCUGCCAAGUUCAACAAACCGUAUGUCAGUGUGGUGGAAGGUACUGAGUUGGAAUUGUUUUUAUUCUUCCUACUGCGUGAUAGAUCACAUGACAGAAAUUAUCUGUGAUGCUGAACUUCCUAUGCAUGCUGCUGUGCACCACUGGAUGGAGACUGAUGAAAUUCAAAUUGAAAUUUGUUUCACAGCAUCAGGUUUCGCCUCUGCCUCUUCCUACGACUCGGCCGUCGAUGAGGCGCCGAAGGAAACGUCCCAUCAGGGCAUCGUCUUCAAGCCCGCCCCGGGAAUGGAACAGGAGUAUUUGGACAGACGGAACAUCUUCGAAGAUAACAUCAAGAAAGCCAUUAUGGAGAACAUGAAGUCCGAGGGGUCGAACAACAUCGACCGCGCGCGGUUCGGUAUCACGAAGUUCAUGGACCAGACUUCCGAAGAGUUUGCGAAGAAGUUUUUGGGCUUGGCGGUCACUGACGAAGCCAAGAAGGAGGUGUUGGGGAAGUUCGGAAAGAUUGGUAUGUUCAUUUUUUGCAGUUGUUCUCGAUGUAUUUUCAUAUGCCGCAAUUGUUUAUGGUGUGAUUUCACGUCGCAUAGACAAAAAUGGUCAUUUUCAACAUCUAAUCGCGACUGUAUAGUUAACUUUCUGCAACCUUUUGUAGCAGUCACGCACAGAUGGAUUUUUUGCAUCAUUUUGUGCUGAAACAAGAGGAAAAUCACAAACACGAGAAUGAUACACCGGCUCUUUCGCAGAAGUCUAUGCGAUCGAUUAGCUGGUGCAGUUGCACCAGAUAGUUUUAUAUUUCUGAUUACAGAUUCCUCUUCCCCCGCCUCCUCCUCCACCGCCAAGUACUUCAUGAAGCCGAAGUCCACCAUAUCACAGGAAAAAGUGUUAACGUUGCCGAAAUUUGUGAUGCAGCAAUGCAUCACUACACGUCCCACAAUUUGUCAUGCAUAGCAUGCAUCCCGGGCUACAUUUGUGAUGCAUGACUGCAAUCGGUGAAAACCGCUGACGUUAGCACUUUUUCCUGUGAUACACCAUGAAGGCCCUCCUUCCCUCCGGUUCCAAGGAUUGGGUCGAAGCCGGUAUGACAACGGAUGUGAAGGAUCAGGGGCAGUGCGGGUCCUGCUGUAUCCUGUGUAAAAACGUCCCCGCCUCAUAGUCAAGUUGGGAAAUCUGCAAUACAAAUCUCCAAGUUUUGGAAGUUGCGCAUGACAAGUUUCCAUCUGUAGUGUAUUUCUGGUUAGCAAGGGCAGCCGCGUGAGAAACCCAGCUUCUCAUCCUGUUUACAGCAUUACAAAUUCCAAAACGCGACUGAGAAUGGCUCUCAUGGAGAUGCGCAUUACAAGCGUUUCUGUCAUUGCGCAUUUGCGCGACAACUCUGGCUUGGGGACGCUUUUGCUGAGGAUAUGCUGGGCGUUUUCCACAGUGGAGCAGCUGGAAUCCAUGGCCCGCAUCGAGGGCAUCACAAGUGACUUCAUCGGCUCUCCUCAGGAACUAGUCUCCUGCGACCACCACGGAGACGAGGGGUGCAACGGCGGGCUGCCGGUGAACGCGUACGAGUGGCUGGAGGGAUAUCCACAGUAAAUUUCCUGUAGACGCACACAUGCGGUCGCUGCAUGGCAAAACUUGGCUUCGAUCCUAGUUUAGCAUGACAAGUUUCACACUCCAAAUUGGGGAAAUUUGUGAUGCACCUUUUACAUGUACGGGAAAUUUGUAUUGCAUAAGGGAAAACCGUUGGAAUCCGAGACAGACUACCCCUACAUGAGCGGAAUUACGCGACAGACCGGGAAGUGCACGAUGGACAAGUCGCUCGGGGAAUUCAAGGUAUGGAGGAAGAAAUUUUGCUUCACACGGGUGUUUUGUAUCACUAUCAGAGCUUAUACGUCUGCUUGUGGUUUCACCAUGACAACGUCUUGAUGACCAUUUUAAUGCGGUUGCAAACUGAGCUGAACUUCAACUUCUCGUGCGAAUCCCAAGCUGCAAAUUGAAACUUAUGAUGCGCAAGAACUACGAAACACAACUCUCAGGUCGUGUCUUACAAAACCGUCGCCGAGGACUCCUUGGACGAACCCAAACUCGUCGAUUACCUCCUCUCCUCCGGCCCUCUCUCCAUUGGUGUGGACGCCACGCAGUGGCAGCUGUACACUGGCGGUAUGAUGGACGCGGAUCAGUGCAAUGCGGAGCAACUGGACCACGCCGUGCAGGUGGUCAAGUACAUAUGCAACACAAAAGUAUAAUCGGUCCUAGUGGUGACUGCAUGACAGAUUUUUCAGAAAAAUCCGAAAUGGAACUAUACCUGUCAUGCAGAGUGGUCUCGCAAUCCAGAGUACAUCUGUGAUGCAUGAGUUCCAUUCCUGCGAUUGAUACUUUUGUCGAUUGGAUAGCAAACUGGCUCCGACGACUCUGCCAACGGCCCGUACUUAUCCUGUGCAAAAGUAUCGUACUCGUAUUGCAAUCAUGCAUUACAAAUCUUGUUCUUAAGCUAAAUCCGCAUUACAAAUUUCAUUUCUCAUGCUGAGGAAAUCUGUGAUGCAUUUAUACGAGUACGAUACUUUUGCAAUGCAUACUACUACACCGUCCGCAACUCCUGGAACACCGACUGGGGUGAGGACGGUUUUAUCCGCCUCACCGCCGGCGAGGACACCUGCAUGCUGACCGGCAUGGCGACGACGGUGGAUGUGGAGGCGGUGAGCAAGGAAGGGCCUGCUGAUGUGAAAACCCCGGGCGUCACGAUCGAGGAGCUGACCGACGAGGAUGUCGACAUGCUCAAGGAGAACACCAUGGUCGUGUAA